CCUCAAACACCAUGAAACUUGUCUGCGCUGCGACGGUGGCGCUCAUGCUGGCAACGUCCGCGACCGCUGCGUGGUGCACGGCAGACCAAGAUACGGAGAUCAACAACUUUUUGGCGGCCAACGUCUCGACCUCGUGCGCUGAGAGCAGCGUCGGUUUGGGCUAUGUGACGUUCGCGGAUGGACUCGACUACAAACAAUACGACAUGUGCCAGCCGCCGUGCCAAGACGACUUGCAGAACCUCACGAGCAGCAUUCCAAACUGCACCGAUGACGCCGGGACACACGCCAAGGUCGCGCAACAAAAUCAACUGUGCACUGACAUGACGCGUCCAACGAUCAACGGUGGCGCGUGCACGACGGCCGACACGAUCUUGUUCAACGGAUUGCUGUACAAAGAACCGGUGUGGCUCAACUGCUCCAGUGCCACGAACGCAGACUUGUACUCCGUUCGAGCUUACACCACCAAUGAGGCCAAUGCGCUGUGUGCGUCCUCCACCUGCUCGGCCUUUAUCAACGCGAUGGCCAACUUGAUACCCAACUGCGUCGACAAGAACGGGGAGAACACGAUGGACGAAUUCCAAGCUCAAUUUGGAUGCACGCCCGCGGCAGUCGGGGCCUAUUGCUCCAUGGUUGAUUAUGCGGUUGCGAACGAUGCAUACGCCAGUGGGCUUUGGUCCAACUGCACGACGAUGCUCGAGAGUACAGAUCCCGGCUAUACAAGUAGUUGGACGCUCGAAGUCCUUGAAUCCAUGCUCGACAAAAGCGCUGACUCACCAGAAGACGUGCCGUCGGGCUUUUGCGCGUCGACCUGCCCAGCAAACUACUUGUCGAUGAAAAAGACGUUUCCAUCCUGCACCUCUCUCAAGAUUGGCGACGCACUUUCCGACCCAAGUCCUCUCUACCGCAUUUGCCCCAGCCUGGAGCCAGCGCCGUCAUCCGCUCCGACGUCCUGCACGGCAUACCAAAAUGCGACGAUCUACAACUUUUUGGCGGCCAACGUCUCGACCUCGUGCAUUGCGAGCAUAUCCAGCUGGCGGAGCUCGAUGACGUUCGCGGAUGCACUCGACUACAAACAAUACGACAUGUGCCAGCCGCCGUGCCUGUCCGACCUGCAGAACCUCACGCGCAGCAUUCCAAACUGCACCGAUGACGCCGGGACACACGCCAAGGUCGUCAAACAAAACCAGCUCUGCGCCAACAUCACCGUGACGCGUCCAACGACCAACGGUGGUGCGUGCACGUCGGCCGACUCGACCUUAGCACGCAAAGUGCUGGACGACGAACCGGUGUGGCUCAAUUGCUCCAGCGUCUUCGGCAGUGUAAACGCCAGAUCGUCCCAUCUGACAGCUUACACCACCAAAGACGCCAAGGCGUUGUGUGACUCCGCUGCCUGCACGGCCUUUUUCAACUCGAUCGCCAAGUUGAUGCCCAACUGCGUCGACGAGUACGGACGCAAGACGAUGGACCAAUUCAGACAUCGGUUUGGGUGCACGCCGGCGGCAGUCGGGGCCAAUUGCUCCAUGGUGGAUAUGGCCGUCAAGCGCGAAGCAUAUCGAACGUACCUUUGGUCCAACUGCUCGAUGCGUUACGAUGUCAAGACGUUCGGCGAACUCGACCACAAUGUCACUUACGCCAUGACACCAGAAAACUUGCCAUCGGGCUUUUGCGCAUCGGCCUGCCCAGCAAACUACUUGUCGAUCAAGAAGACGCUUCCAUCCUGCACCUCUAUCUAUAGUGGCGAUAUAUUUCCCGACCCCAGUCCUCUCUACCGCAUCUGCCCCAGCCUGGAGCUAUCGCCGACGCCCGCUCCACCACCCGCUCCGACACCCGCUCAGACAGCAGCUCCGACACGCGCUCCGACACCUGCGCCAACGCCCGCUGUAGCUCUGACCUGCCCUCUUUCUGGCUCGUACCGCGCGACGGGGAUGCGCAUGGACCUUGCCACCUCUGGGGAUUUCACCGAGUCGCACGAUGGCAGCGGCAACACGUGCUCGACGAAGGGAACGUAUGCGGUCUCGGGUCCAAUGGCAACUUUCACCGUGUCGACCGUCACGGGUGUCUGCGGCAGCGCCUUUACGCCCAACGCAAAGCUCUCGGGCCCCAUUUCGUUCUCCACCGACUGCCAGCAACUCACACUCAGCUACACGGGCACCACGUCGACGCUGCAGCGAACGUCCAACGCAGAAACCGCGGCCACGAGUGCGAUGCUGCUUCUUGGCGUUUUCCUCGCGUGGGGUACGCUCUAAACGGCCAAUGCGAU